AUGAUGAAGCAUUCACUGGCGUUUGCGGUUCUUUUGAUUUCCUUUUCGCUCUUCAAUUCCUUAUCGUUUUCUUCAGUUCAGCCUUUCUCGGUGGACGGGACGGUGUUGCAGUUGGAUGAAUCGAACUUCGAUUCCGCCAUAUCGACGUUCGAUCGUAUUUUGGUUGACUUCUAUGCUCCAUGGUGUGGUCACUGCCAGCGUCUCUCUCCCGAGUUAGAUGCAGCUGCACCUGUACUUGCAGCCUUAAAGGAACCCAUAGUCAUAGCAAAAGUGGAUGCAGACAAGUUUACCCGUCUUGCGAAAAAAUAUGACGUUAAUGCUUAUCCUUCCCUUAUGCUGUUUAUACAUGGUGUACCCACAGACUACCGUGGACCAAGGAAAGCAGAUCUACUAGUUCAUUAUCUAAAGAAAUUUGCUGCUCCAGAUGUUACCGUUCUUGAUUCAGAUUCUGCUAUUAAUAACUUCAUUGAAGCAGCCGGCACUUUAUUCCCCAUAUUUAUAGGUUUUGGGUUGAGUAGUUCUAUGAUAGAAAAGUCAGCCAUUAAGUAUAAGAAAAAUGCAUGGUUCUCCGUGGCAAAGGAUUUUUCAGAGGAUGUCAUGGGAUCACAUCAUUUUGAUAAGGUUCCUGCUCUGGUUUCCAUUAAUCGGGAUUACAAUGAGUGGAGCACUUUAUAUGGGCCCUUUGAAGAGAAGUCAUUGGAAGAUUUUGUGAAACAAAACCUGAUUCCCUUAGUGGCACCUGUAUCCUUUGACACACUAAAGUUGAUGGAAAGUGAUGGGAGGAGAAUUGUCUUGACAAUUUUCGACGACGAGGAUGAAGAAAGAUCAAAGAAAUUCAUUAAGCUUUUAAAGGCUGCUGCAUCUACAAAUCGUGACUUAAUAUUUGGUUAUGUUGGUGUUAAACGGUUGGAAGAUUUUGCUGAAAAAUUCAACCUCAAUAAGUUACCAAAGAUGGUUGUUUGGGAUGGAAGUGAUGACUAUCUAUCUGUUAUUGGUUCAGAAAGCAUUGAUGAGGUGGAUCAGGCAACUCAAAUCAGUAAAUUUCUUGAAGGAUACAGGGAAGGCAGAACCACACAGAGAAGACUCGGUGGCCCAUCGCUCUUGCGUGCGAUGAAAAAAUCUUCAGCCAUCAGAAUCUUGUAUGUCUUUAUUGCCGUGAUUGCAAUAUUGAUGCUUCUGCUAGUCUUUUAUAAAGGAGAAGAUGAUGAGUACCAGAGGGUACUCAGUGAAGGCCAGGUUGAUCAUGCUAGCUGCUCUGCCUUGGAGGCUGAAAGCAAAGAGUAUAAACCUGAAGAUAAAGAAGAUUAAACAUUUCAUUGACAUUAUUAUUACAU